UCGAGGAUGCCCUUAGUCCUCUUCGCACUCUUCGUGCCAUCAGAUCGAAGUCACAACAAAAAAGUGAAUCACCUAUCGAAAGCGAGCACUAAAUUUAGAUCGAAAUAAUCGGCGAUAGACUCGAGUAGCAUAAACUGUUUGGUGAAAAUAAAUAUGCCGAGAGCUAGAAAAGUUUCGCUUCGAAAAAGUACUUGCUCGAUCACACUAGCGGUAGUAUUAGUAGUUUUAGUGCAAAUUUUCGACCCCGCGAACGGCACCCGAAUACUCAGCAUUAGAGACGGUGAAAAAAGUUCUUUGAACGAUGCUAAUUACACCCCUUCUGAAGAAAUCCUGCAUAAACAUUUACUACUAGUGACCGACAGUAGUUUGACCCGAAUUAAAUCAAGUGACGAGUUGUUGAUAAAGGCGGUGUCGCGUGAGGAAGAAUGCUGGAAGCAAACAACAGAAGUAGCAUACGAUGGAACGGCUCGUAUCGUGGAUCGAAACGAUACGCAUCUACUGGUGUCGGUGAAUUUUUAUAAUCGUCAGCAGAAAUGGUCCGCACUAAGUGAUGAAUUUCUCAACGGCGAUAGUUAUAUUAACCAUCAGCCGAUAGUUGGUAUGUGUGCUUGGCUGAGUGCGAAUGAAGAGAAGGGCAGUGAUUUGUUUUAUUUGCCGUUCUCCGCGGAGUUGAGAAGCGAAGGCGGUGGAAAUGAUAGACGUGUACAGCGCAGUAUUAAUUCCGUUGCGGAUGAGGGGAAGGUCGAGGCUGGAAGGAGUGAACCGGUAUUCGGCAGAAAUCUAGUGAUAUUUGGCCUUCGCGUCGAACAUGCUGAUAAGGAACCGACGGUGGACGAAGAAGCAGUCCCAUCGGUGUUGAGUCAUUCGUCCGUGACGUUACGUCUGUUCGGCAUGGGAUUAAGCGAGGACACCGUGAUAGUGUUUACACAGACACAUAAUGUCUUGGGAGCUUCUUGCUUGGUUCCGGUGACAAACAUGUUCCAGGUUGAGAAAGGUUCCGUCAGUGAGUACAGUGCGAAAGUGCGCGUUGAACUCCCGAUGACCAGUAAAGGAAAGUAUUUCUACAUAUGCGCAAAGUAUGGGAACCUAGCAAACUCGGAACAGUCGGCUCAGCAGGUCGAUCCGUUUAUUCAUCAGGGGUCGUACCCGUGGAUGCGUAUGACAAGUUACGAACCUUUUCUACCACUCUGGGUCUCGUUGUUUAUUAUCAUUGCUUGUUUGGCGUUUUCGGCUCUAUUCUCCGGUCUGAAUCUGGGAUUGAUGUCGCUAGAUCGAACGGACUUGAAGAUUUUGUGCAACACUGGGACGGAAGAAGAAAAACGGUACGCUAGAGCCAUUCAACCGGUUAGAGACCAUGGCAACUUUUUACUUUGCAGUAUUCUACUGGGUAACGUCCUGGUAAACUCCACAUUCACUAUUUUGCUCGACAGUCUAACUUCCGGUCUGGUGGCGGUCAUCUGCUCCACAAUUGCCAUCGUGAUUUUUGGUGAGAUAACACCGCAGGCUAUUUGCUCACGUCACGGGCUUGCUGUUGGCGCAAAAACGAUAUUAAUCACGAAAACUGUUAUGGUGAUAACAUCACCCCUCGCUUAUCCCACAUCAAAGGUAUUGGAUUAUAUACUGGGCGAGGAAAUCGGCAACUUUUAUAAUCGCGAGCGCCUAAAGGAGCUGGUCAAAGUGACCAACGAUAUCAACGACCUAGACAAGGAUGAAGUCAACGUCAUAUCAGGUGUGCUUGAGCUACGCAAGAAAACCGUAGCGGCUGUGAUGACACGCAUCGAGGAUGCGUUUAUGCUGUCGUUGGACGCUGUGCUAGAUUUUGAAACUAUAACCGAAAUUAUGAAGUCAGGUUUCUCUCGUAUUCCGGUUUACGAGAACGAACGAACGAAUAUUGUUACAUUGCUCUACAUAAAAGAUCUAGCGUUCGUGGAUCCGGACGAUAAUACGCAGCUGAAGACGCUCUGUGAGUUCUAUCAAAACCCGUGCCAUUUCGUGUUCGAAGAUGUUACUUUAGAUGUGAUGUUUAAGCAAUUUAAGGAGGGUCACAAAGGUCAUAUGGCAUUUAUAAAUCGUGUAAACAACGAAGGGGAAGGCGAUCCUUUCUACGAAACAAUCGGACUAGUUACGCUGGAGGACGUCAUCGAGGAGCUAAUUCAAGCGGAAAUUAUGGAUGAAACUGACGUUUUUACGGACAACCGUAGGAAGGUGCGUCGCGAUCGCACCAAAUGCCAGGACUUUGCCGUUUUUUCGCAGGGUCGCGACGGUACCUCUCAACGUUUACGUAUUUCACCGCAGCUCACAUUGGCCACAUUCCAGUACCUGAGCACUUCGGUAGACGCAUUCAAGUCAGACAUGGUAUCAGAAACGAUCCUUCGGCGACUGCUCAAUCAGGACAUUGUGCACCAUGUGAAGCUGAAAGGUAAGGACAAAAACGAUCCUAGCAUGUAUAUCAUCUCUCGCGGCAAACCAUCUGACUUUUUCGUGCUUAUCCUGGAGGGGCGGGUCGAGGUGACGGUUGGUAGAGAGAAUUUGGUUUUCGAAAGCGGUUCAUUUACUUAUUUUGGAACGCAAGCGCUGAUGCCAAAUGUGGGUGUCGAUAUCCCGGUGGAUUCCUCCCAGCAAAUUAUGGGCUCGCUGCAGUCUCUGAAUAUGGACGCUUUGUUGCGUCACACGUUCCUGCCAGACUACACGGUGAAAGCGGUCACCGAAGUGGUCUACAUUCAAAUUAAGCGCAACUUGUACUUAGCGGCCAAACGAGCCACGCUUAUGGAGCGCUCACAACGCAUGGGAGAGCAUUCAAUGGAACCGAUAGACGACGAGGUGGAAAAGUUACUGCACUCUCUUGACGAGGACGAUCGAAGUGUAGGCGCCGAUACGACCAACCUGCAGACACCGAAGGCUAGUAAACCGACGAGCAACGCUCCCUCACCGACGACAAUGAUCUCCGAGCGUGCGACACCCGAUCAGAAUAAUGGACCAAUUAUGAAUGCUACGCCGCUGAGCCUGAGCGUACUGAACACGCGCAGCAAUAGCUUAGCUGUUACCUCCCAGCGCACCCUGGAUGAAUCGGAACAACCGCUAUUGACCCGUUCGAAAUCUUAAUAUCUUACUGUUUUGCAGCAUAAGUUAAAAGUAAUGUUUGUAGUCCUGGUUGUAGUCAAAGAAAACUAUUAUUACUAGUGAAGAACAAAUCAAAUCAAAGCUAUUACGUAAAAGAACUUCCAAAAGAUUUUAUUAUAUCAAGGAAAAUUUAACUCACACAAAUGACUGUAGGAUGUAAGUGAAAUCUUUGUCCCUUUCCUAAGAGUCGCCAUCUACAAAAUAUAAAAGGUGGCCUGGGCGGUGUGUUCGUUCUAAACGCAUUCAAAUGUCCCUCUCUUUCAAAAAAAAAUGCAUCGAAUAAAGCUAAUUAAUAUCACUUUCUACCCAGAGAAUUUAUUUGAGACUCGUAAUCACCCAUAGGUUAGUACUUAUUAUACACGAAAUAAGUUCCUUUAGAGAUUGAAUUAAAAACAAGUGUUGCAUUAUGAACAAAUUUGUAGUUGAAACACGUACUUAGGUUCAAUGUGGCACACAAAACGUCCCUGCAUUUCACAACCACAAAACCAAAAUGAAACUGUUGUAUGAUACGAAUUUAGCAGAAGAAUAAAAUGUUUGUUUGAAACUUA